AUGGACUUCUGGGUGAGGCUACUCGGCGGCUCGUCCCAGAAGAAGAAGCAGGCCGCCCCCAACAACCCACAACAGCGGCUGGCACGCUUCCGACAGCGAUACAACCAGAUUCUACAAUCAUGGCGCAAGUCCAACAAUCUCGCCUGCGACCGCGAGGCCUUGGGGGAGAUCCGCCGCGGCUUCCAGGCCCUCACGGCCAUUCUCAGCGAUGAGUCGCGCUCUCCAGCGCCGCACAUGUGUCUGCAGUUUGCCGCCGCUCAGCAAAUAUAUACCGCCGUCUCCAAAAUUGCUGCUACGGCACACGAUGAGGGCACGGUUAGGGACGCCGUGGCUUUCUACAAUGCCCUCAUCGAUAGCGAAGAGGAGGAUUUCCUCGAAAAUGACGUCUUCGCUGCAUCGCUCAUGAACUUCAUCGACCGAACAAUCGGGUCUGGAAGCAUAGGCAUAGGAGAAGAUAUCGAGGCUGAUAUUGUGGAGCUGUUGUUCGGCAUUGCGGCCAAGAUCCGACUGCAGCCUGAGAUUCUGCACGUGUGGUUUACUACCGCAUCGGUAGACGGCCAUCGACGGGUGCUGAACCAAAAAACCGAUUUCGCCGGUGUCACCCAAAAAGAGGACUUUCCGUUGUGCUAUCAGCUCAUCGACCAUGUCCACCACGAAGGCCGAAUCGGAGACUUUGCGCGCACAGGACUGCUGUACAUAUUCGAGUCUGCAUCCCGGUCUAUGGAUCUGGAGCAGUGGAUUGUGAAUAGCGACCUGCCUACGCUGAUGGCAACGGGGCUGGGUGCGCUAUACAGCCAGAUGAGCAGGCAUGGAGAUCUGCCACUCGUCUUAUCGCUUUCCGACUACACCGAGAUGCAGCCCAACCCACAAGCCGAGAACUUCUUUGGCACAGACUUCCAGAGCCAUCUCCUCACCUUUCUAUCCUACCUCACCUUCUGGCAGGACGUGCUCGAGCAUUGUCGCUCAGUGGACGUCAGGGUUACAUUGAUCGAUCACUUCCAGGCCUUGUUCCUGCAGCAACUACUGUACCCUUCGCUGCUGGAGUCGUCCGACGCCGAUGGCGGUUCAUCCGUGGCCGUGCUUACAUAUCUCCGGCACAUCCUGGAUGCGCUAGAUCACCCCGAGCUUGUCAAUAUGAUGCUGCAGUACCUGUUGGCGCUUUCCGACUACUCGGCCAAAACACCCCGGUCACCAGCCGCUGUCAAACGGCGCCAGUCGCUCAUGCUUCUCAGCGCGCCCGAGGAAGACGACAGGCUCAACCCAUCGCUGUUCAACCUGGUCGAUUUGGUUUUGGGAAGCACAGCCUCGCACAACCCUCAAACCGUCAUUGCGUCGUUGAAGUUGACCAGCGUCAUACUCAGCAAAAGCCAUGGGUACGCCCUGGGAUCUCUCGUCAAGGUAAUGAAUCUGCACCACAAAGAGCACCACAGGACAGUUGGAUCGCUUAACAAGGAGCUUGACCUAUAUUUGAACCUUGCCGUGGACCUUGCUGGUAUGGACGGCGUUGAUGAAGCUUACGAAUGCUAUCUCAAGGAUGUUCUGAGCUCAUUGGAGUCGCAUCCCUGCUCACUCAAAACUAUCGGUUUACCCAUAACAUCUGCAAAGGACAAGGGAUAUUUCGAUUCGACCGAAGCUUCAGCCCGCAGUGUCGAUCCCCAUCAGCUACUUCCAGAAGACCCGCUCUUCCAAUCCCUGUUGGACUUGAUGCUUCGGUUCCUCACAAACGACGUGGAGACAAACCUGGCGCUCACAGAGGCCAUCAUCACGCUUGGGAGUUGUUCCCAGCUGCGUUUGGAAGGAUGGCUGUCCGUGGACCCCGCCGACUACCAUUUCGAUAGCGAUGUCCCCGAGCUCGAGCCCUUCACCAACGACAACCUACGGGGCAUGUUCCUGGCCGAGCGCUUCCCAACUUGGAGCCCGUCAGCAACCCCCCAGCUAUUCAUAUGUCUAAAGCAGCUCCAGGCGCAAGUCGAUGCUCUACGCAGCGACAUCAAAGACUGGGAUGACCACGUUGCGAACCGCAAGAACGCCUUCCGCUUCCACCAGGACCUAGUCGAGGAGUCGAAAAUGUCAACCCCCCUCUCGCGACCAGCAAGAGCUCCAUCCGAUAUCCCAGGUUCCUGGGCGCCGCAAAUACCGAAACACGUCCUCGAGCAGCCGCAGACACCGCUGAGAGCUCAAUCUCCCCGCGGACGAAAGGAAACAUUAUCGGGUUCGAGAAACACACCCACGACAUCGCCUGCUCCAUCUCGAUAUGGCGGUCAGACUCUUGUCGGUUCGCCUGCUAGAGCUACUUCCCCCAUGGCCACACCACCCACCGGCAUGCAACAAAUGUCCCUCUUCUCCGACGUCGACGCCAGCAUCGCGCAGAUCAGAAUGAAUCAAUUCGGUAAACGCCGUAUCCGCUUCCGCCGCGCUGCCGGUUCAAAAGACGUCGAAGUCAUGCUCUCCAAGUUCCAACCUCCGCCCAAGGAGCCCUCGGAAGACGCGACGAGUGGUGCUGAAAACGAGGAUGACGAGGCCGAGCAGGAUGAUGUGAGAGAAGCCAGUCUACUGCACAUUAUCACGAAUGUGGUUAUACUGCAGAACUUUGUGCUUGAGCUUGUGGCUUUGAUGCAGGUUAGGGCGAGCUUGUUCAAUGAGGUGAGGUUUUUGUGAAGGAAUCAGAGGGGGGUUAUGAUUUUGUGAAUGUGCAGAUGCGGACAUGAGUAGAUAGAUAUACCCCUUUUUCACUUUGAGAGACCAGUGUUGUUUUUUCAGCGGGUUCUCGCAUAGCCGGCGGGGGGGUUUUGAUGCAUGGUUUAAUGUCUGUAUAUGUGGUUAACAUGAUCCAUGGGCGAGCGGCGC